AUUAUUUUAUGCCUGUAGAUCUGAUCCAAUAUCCAAUAUUCUUAUGAAUACUGGGUGAGCUGUAAGUCUUUCGCAUGAAUCUUCCUGGAUUUAUUCCUGACUGAUAAUCUCGUGGGAAGGCAAAGAUCAUUAUCAAAAGUCGUACAUGAUCGAUGAGGACAUGCUACAUCUUUAUCAAUGUUUGUGGAUCUGCACAUUUAAUAACGAUUUUGUCUUUGCUCUGUUGGUGUUUAUGGCGUUUGCUGUGCUGGGGCUUCCGUGUGCAGGAAUUUUAACUGUAAAUACAAAUUAAAUUUGUAUCAAGAUCGAACAAGCUGACAAACCCUUGUACACAUUAACAUAAUAAAAUACUUACUUUGACCGUUUCUUUUGCGUGUUAUAUUUGAUCUGUAGAUUCUAAUUUGAAAUGCAGGCGAGCCCGCAAAAAUUUCGAAGUAAAUUGUGACGAAACCCUGGCCUUCGUUGUACAUGACAGGCGAUUUCUUAGGAAAUUUUGAGAAAGAAGAAACCAAUGAUGGAGACCUCUCAGGAGUUUCAGGAAGAAAAAUGCCUGUUCCUACACGGAAAAUUCACAAUUAUAUACAAUAUUUUUGGUCAUUAUAUUAGAGUUUUGAACAGGAUUAUUCGAUAUCAUUUCCAUCGGCGUUGGCAUCAAGUUGAAUGACCAUAUGACAGGAAAAGGUGAUAACGGCAGAAGGGAUCAAUUCAGCCUUAAAAAGAGCAGGUUAAGCGUCAUCCCAGUAUUCAUAAAAAUGUAGCUCCAUACUCUCACAGAGCUGCCUCAAGCGAAAGGCUAACAGGUAGUCUAUAACUCAUCUACAUAUUAGAAUUACAUUUAAUAAGGCUGAAGAAUCACACCAGUCUCGCGAAGAGUAAAGGCCCAAUUGUCAAAUAUAUUCCUGAUAGGAUUGCCCAGAUUAUAAUCCCAAUGGUAUUCAAACCAGAAAUUUCAUAGAACGGCUAACAGGAGGAUGAUUCGCCCUAGGAUUGCAUAUUGUAAAACCUUAUAGUCUCAAACUCAGAGAUUUCAUUAAUGACAGGAGAAAUCACCCCAGCCUUGAAAAGGUUUGAAGCCCAAUAAUCUCUAACCCUGAGAUUUUAAGUAGCACCUUUGCAAAGAGGAAAACCCCAAUCUCUCUAAGUCAAGUGAUAGCUGAUAGCCAGAGAAAUCACCCCAGGCUUAUCAAGCUAAAGCCUAAGUUUCUAUCUCAGAGAAAUACCAGCAGGUACACCUUUUAAGAGUAAAAGAGCUCUCUUACUAGGAGCUCACAACUUACAGCUGAAGGAAUUUCCCCUGCCUUGCUAAGAGUAAAAGCCAACAAUUUCCAACAUCUAGAUUGCACCUGAUGUUGAGAAGAAGUAUCCCAGCCUUGAGAAGAGUACACUUCCAAUGUUGCCACCCAGAUUGUAAUCAGGCAUCUUUGUAAAUAAUAAAAUAUCAGUACUUAUAUCUCUACAUAUCAGGCAAUAGUAUUUGCACUGCCUUUUGGCAGAAACACUAUGUCACUGAAAAGAUAUAAUCCCUCGCAUGCAAUUCUGCCCUCUGCAUCCAAGAAGUAUGAUGUUUUCCUAUGCUUCCGUGGGAAUCCCCUAAGAAGAAAAUUUGUAGAUCACCUCAAUGCUUCACUAGAAAAUGCAGGGGUUAAUGUAUUCCUGGAUAGCCAAAAGCUGCAAAGGGGCGAAGAGAUCAGUUCAACUCUUCAAGAGGCAAUUAGAAACAGUGCUAUCCUCAUUCCUAUUUUCUCCAGGAAAUUUGCAGAGUCCCACUGGUGCUUGGACGAGGUAGCCUAUAUGUGUAAAUCAAAUGGUAUAAUUAUACCCUUAUUCUAUUAUGUGAAGCCAACAGAAGUAAGAAAUCCUGAGAGGGGUAUCUUUGCAAAGGCUUUUAAGAGAAAAGAAGGAAGAUACACACAGGAAAGGAUUACGGAGUGGAAAAACGCUCUGUCUAAAGCUUCCUCCUUCUCUGGCUGGUGUACAGAUGACACAGCAGGAUUUGAAGGGGGACUUGUCAAGCUUGUAGUCCAAGAUGUUUUCAAGACCUUAGAACAAAAGACGACCUCAGUCACAGUGGAGGAAGUUCUGCCUGAUCCCUUAGAAGAAGAGCCCUCAGAGGCAAUACCCUAUGUGAUCAGAAAUGAACCCCUUAGAAUUUCAAAGUAUGUCUUCAUCAGUAUGAAAGAGCACAUGAGCAAAAUUAUAAAGAUGCUUAAUAUAGAUUCUGAUGAGAAUGAUGUUCUCACUGUUUGCAUUCAUGGAAAGGGUGGAGUGGGAAAAACCUCCCUAGCAAAGGCCAUCCAUAAUCACAUUUAUCUCAAAUUUGAUGCUACUUGUGUUGUAUAUGAUGUCCGUCAUAAAGCUCAGCAUACAAAUGGUGUAGCUAAGAUGCAGCGUCAAGUAUUGAAAGACCUUGUCAAGUUCAAGGAUAAAGUUAAUGAUGAGGCUCAUGGAAAGAUCUUGAUGAAGGACCGUUUGAGGUCCAUCAAGGCCCUUGUUAUUCUGGAAUAUGUUGAUGAUAGCAAACAGUUGGAGGCAUUACGAGGUGAUUGGUUUGGACCAGGUAGCAGAGUUCUCGUAACAAUGAUCGACCCCAACAUAAUAAAGAAUGAACAUGUUGAUUUUACUUAUGAAAUGCAGGGACUGGAUAAGGAACACGCUCUUCAGUUUUUUAGCUGGCAUGCUUUCAUGAGAGAUAAACCCAAAGAAUCUUAUAAAGACUUAUCAUGCAAAGCUGUGGAUAUUUGCAAUAGGCUGCCAUUUUCACUGGAAGUUCUGGGUGCUCAUUUGUAUAGUAAAAAUCUAAGAUAUUGGAAUCAAGCCAUUGACAUACUAAACUAUUCAAGUUAUCAUGAUAAGUAUGCUAUUCUUAGACUUAUUUGUGAUGGCCUCAAGUCUGAACAGAAAGAGAUGUUUUUAGACAUGGCUUGUUUAUUCAUAGGAAGAAAGAAGGAAAGUGUCAUAAGCUUUUGGGAAGCUAGUCAUUUGCGUCCCAAUGUAGGGCUAACAAAAAUGAAACUGAAAUCACUCAUUAGACUAGAUGAAGAUGAUAGAUUUGUAAUGCAUAGUGAAUUUAGGGACAUGGGAAGAGCUAUUGUAGCAGAGGAAUCAAUGGAACCAGGGAGGCGUAGCCGAUUGUGGAAAUCAGAAGAGGCUGAAAUGGUUCUAAUGCAAGGAAAGGGAACAGAAAGUGUUAGAUGUCUUACCUACCUUCAGCAAGAUGUUCGACUGCAAACUCAUAAUUUGCUAAAAAUGUGUAAUUUGCAAUUGUUAUGGCUGGAUGGAGCUCUUAUUGAAGGGGACUUUGGACAAAUGCCUCCAGAUUUGAAAUGGCUGAGAUGGGAAAACUGCCCUCUAAAAUUCUUUCCGUGUGAAUGGAAUUUGAAGCAUCUGGUUGUACUAGAUUUAAGCUUCAGUAGAGACAUUGAGGCAGUGUGGCCAGAACCAUCAAACAUAGAGGGCCAAAAAAAUCUUAAAGUACUUAAGCUGAAUGGCUGCACAAGUCUUCGGAUGCUCCCAGAUUUGGCUAAUCAUACAUCUCUCAUACAACUGGAGCUCUGUGGUUGUAAAGAGUUAACAGCUCUACCUGAGUCCAUUGGACUUCUAACAGAGCUUAAGUAUCUGGAUCUGUCAAACUGCUGCAACAUAAGCCAACUUCCUGACACUGUAUCUAACCUCAGUUCUCUGGAGGUGCUCCUUCUAUCUGAUUGUCGCAGCAUAAGAAAGUUACCUGACUCAUUUGAAGAGCUAAGGGUUCUCAAAAAACUCAAAUUGGAUGGAACGCCCUUGAAGAAUUUGCCUGAAUCCUUGAGAUGGUUGUCCCACUUGGAGUUGCUGUCUCUUCAUUGUUGCCAUGAUUUAAGAAGCCUUCCUCACCGGAUAGGUGAAUUAAAUUGCCUGCAGUAUCUGGAUAUACACGAUUGCUCUAGUUUGCAAAAUCUCCCUGAUUCAAUAUAUAAACUCAAAAGCUUAUGCCAGUUAGAUAUGGCUGGUUGCAAGAGAGUCAUCCUAGGAGCAGAGCUACGGAACCUUGGUUGUAUGGAAAGAUUGAUUCUAAGUAAUUGUGAAGCCAUAAGGAGCUUGCCUAUAUCAAUAGGCCAACUUAAUUGCUUGCAACAUCUAAACCUCAACCACUGCACUUCUUUGUUUCGACUUCCUGAAGAAUUGGGAAAUCUGGUCCAUUUAGAAGAGUUGCUGCUCAACGAAUGCUACAACCUAUGUGAACUUCCAAAGAGCAUUGGGAAACUUUCUUGUUUAAGGACUCUAGAAAUGGAAGAAAACUACAGCCUAUCUGGUCUUCCAGCUAGCUUUUCUAGACUUACAUCUUUAAAGCAUCUAAAAGAAGGUGGUUGUCCUCUACCACAACAAAUGGGAGAGCUUUUAUCAUUAGAAAUUCUGCAUCUUAAAUCAUACAAAAUGUCCACUUUGCCUCCAACUUUUGGCACACUUUUGCGGCUAAGCAAACUCUACCUAUAUCACUGCACAGAGAUUUUGGAACUUCCACAUCUUCCAAAGAAGCUCAUUGAAGUAUAUAUUCAAGACUGCUCAGGACUGAGGAAAAUCUCAAACAUGUCAGGUAUGAUGAGGCUAAAGAUUCUGAGGAUACAGAACUGCAGGGAACUUGUUGAAUUGCCUGACUUUGGAUCCUUGCAAUCAUUGCAAGAGCUCUCUCUAUCAGAAUGUAGGAGUGUUAAGCAUAUUCAAGGAGUGGAAGGGCUGAAAUCCUUAAGAAGGUUGCAUCUUAUUGGUUGCAGAUUGGCUAGAUCAAAAAGUUCAGGGUUGAAUCACCAACAACUAAUCAAGGAGACCCCUUGUCUAGAGUUAUUCAGCUUUUCUGCAAAUAAUGUUCCAGAAUGCUUACAACACAAGAUAGAAGUAAAUGGGCAUGAUCUAUUCUAUGUUGCAUUGGAUAGUAACGAACAAUGUUCAGGGAUUAUACUAUGCUUUAUGGUGAGGUUCAAGCAUGGGAUUACUUCAGUGAGCAUAGAAUUAAGAACUUUAAGAGAUGGCAAGGAGAUUUUCAAUACCAGGCUUGUGAACCACUCCAAAAAUGUAGAGGGGGACCAGAUUUUUAUUCAUAUUUUGCGAAAAAAACACCCCAUGGCUAUGAUGAUGCAGAGUGGAGAUGUGGUACAUGCCAAGACAGAUAUAUAUGAAGAAAGAAAGUUAAUAAGAAGUGGUGCGAUGCAGUUCUUCUCUGAAGGAAAGGAUGGGAAAAGGGAAGAUAUAAUUUUGGAGAGAUUAGGAAGGGGGUUGACUAGAUUAAUGGAAGGCUACAAGGAAAAUCUAGCCAUUGAAGAUGAAGAAUCUUCUUCAAUACAAAAAUUGAUAUGGUUUGUUUACUUUCCUUUGGUUUUGGGUCUUAAUUCUGAAUUUAAGAAGCUCGGAGCUUCAAAAAGCUCCAGUUCGGUAUGGGGACUGAGAAAGGUGAUAACUGCAGAAGGGAUCAUUUCAGCCUUUAAAAAGCAGGUCAAGAGUCAUCCCAGUAUUCAUAAGAAUAUAGCUCCACACUCUCAUAGAGAUGCCUCAAGUGAAAGACUAACAGAUCGCAGUUCUCUCACCUCUUCAUAUCAGGCAAUAGUAUUUGCACUGCCUUUUGGCAGAAACAUUAUGUCACUGAAAAGAUAUAAUCCCUCGCACGCAAUUCUGUCCUCUGCAUCCAAGAAGUAUGAUGUUUUCCUAUGUUUUCGUGGGAAUCCCCUAAGAAGAAAAUUUGUAGAUCACCUCAAUGCUUCACUGGAAAAUGCAGGGGUUAAUGUAUUCCUGGAUAGCCAAAAGCUGCAAAGGGGGGAGGAGAUCAGUUCAUCUCUUCAAGAGGCAAUUAGAAACAGUGCCAUCCUCAUUCCUAUUUUCUCCAGGAAAUUUGCAGAGUCCCACUGGUGCUUGGACGAGGUAGCUCAUAUGUGUAAAUCAAAUGGUAUAAUUAUACCCUUAUUCUAUUAUGUGAAGCCAACAGAAGUAAGAAAUCCUGAGAGGGGUGUCUUUGCAAAGGCUUUUAAGAAGAAAAAAGGAAGAUACGCACAGGAAAGGAUUACGGAGUGGAAAAACGCUCUGUCUAAAGCUUCCUCCUUCUCUGGUUGGUGUACAGAUGACACAGCAGGAUUUGAAGGGGGACUUGUCAAGCUUGUGGUCCAAGAUGUUUUCAAGACAUUAGAACAAAAGAUGACCUCAGUCACAGUGGAGGAAGCUCUGCCCGAUCCCUUAGAAGAAGAGCCCUCGGAAACAAUACCCCAUGUGAUCAGAAAUGAACCCCUUAGAAUUUCGAAGUAUGUCUUCAUCAGUAUGAAAGAGCACAUGAUCAAAAUUAUAAACAUGCUUAACAUAGAUUCUGAUGAGAAUGUUCUCACUGUUUGCAUUUAUGGAAAGGGUGGUGUGGGAAAAACCUCUCUAGCAAAGGCCAUCCAUAAUCACAUUUAUCUCAAAUUUGAUGCUACCUGUGUUGUAUAUGAUGUCCGUCAUAAGGCCCAAAAUACAAAUGGUGUAGCUAAGAUGCAGCGUCAAAUAUUGAAAGACCUUGUCAAGUUUAAGGAUAAAGUUAAUGAUGAGGCUCAUGGAAAGAUCUUGAUGAAGGACCGUUUGAGGUCCAUCAAGGCCCUUGUUAUUCUGGAAUAUGUUGAUGAUUGCAAGCAGUUGGAGGCAUUACGAGGUGAUUGGUUUGGAACAGGUAGCAGAGUUCUUGUAACAACGAUUGAUCCCAAUGUCAUAAAGAAUGAACAUGUUGAUUUUGCUUAUCAAAUGCAGGGACUGGAUAAGGAACAUGCUCUUCAGUUUUUCAGCUGGCAUGCUUUCAUGAGAGAGAAACCCAAAGAAUCUUAUAAAGACUUAUCAUGCAAAGCUGUGGGUAUUUGCAAUAGGCUGCCAUUUUCAUUAGAAGUUUUGGGUGCUCAUUUGUAUAGUAGAAAUCUAAGAUAUUGGAAUCAGGCCAUUGACAUACUAUACUAUUCAAGUUAUCAGGACAAGUAUGCUAUUCUUAGACUUAUUUUUGAUGGCCUGAAGUCUGAACAGAAAGAGAUGUUUUUAGACAUGGCUUGUUUAUUCAUAGGAAGAAAGAAGGAAAGUGUCAUUAGCUUUUGGGAAGCCAGUCAUUUGCGCCCCAAUUUAGGCCUAACAAAAAUGAAACUGAAAUCACUUAUUAGACUAGAUGAAGACGAUAGAUUUGUAAUGCAUAGUGAAUUUAGAGACAUGGGAAGAGCUAUUGUAGCAGAGGAAUCAUUGGAACCAGGGAAGCGUAGCAGAUUAUGGAAACCAGAAGAGGCUGAAAUGGUUAUAAUGCAAGGAAAGGGAACAGAAAGUGUUAGAUGUCUUACCUACCUUCAGCAAGACGUUCGACUGCAAACUCAUAAUUUGCAAAAAAUGUGUAAUUUGCAAUUGUUAUGGCUGGAUGGAGCUCUUAUUGAAGGCGACUUUGGACAAAUGCCUCCAGAUUUGAAAUGGUUGAGAUGGGGAAACUGCUCCCUAAAAUGCUUUCCGUGUGAAUGGAAUAUGAAGCAUCUAGUUGUACUAGAUUUAAGCUUUAGUAAAGAAAUUGAGGUAGUGUGGCGAGAACCAUCAAACAUUGAGGGGCCAAAAAAUCUUAAAGUACUUAAGCUGAAUGGCCGCAUAAAUCUUCGGGUGCUUCCAGAUUUAGCCAAUCAUACAUCACUCAUACAACUGGAACUCUGUGGUUGUAAAGAGUUAAGGGCUUUACCAGAGUCCAUUGGACUCCUAACAGAGCUUAAGUACCUGGAUCUAUCAAACUGCUGCAAGAUAAGCCAACUUCCUGACACUGUAGCUAACCUCAGUUCUCUGGAGGUGCUCUUUCUAUCUAAUUGUCACAGCAUAAGAAAGUUACCUGACUCAUUUGAAGAGCUACGGGUUCUCAAAAAAAUCAAAUUGGAUGGAAUACCUUUGAAGAAUUUGCCUAGAUCCUUGAGAUGGCUGUCCUGCUUGGAGAUGUUGUCUCUUCCUUGUUGCCAUGAUUUAAGAAGCCUUCCUUACCAGAUAGGUGAAUUGAAAUGCCUGCAGUAUCUGGAUAUACACGGUUGCUCUAAUUUACAGACUCUCCCUGAUUCAAUUUAUAAACUCAAAAGCUUGUGCCAGUUAGAUAUGGCUGGUUGCAAGAGAAUCAUCCUGGGAGCAGAGCUGGGGGACCUUGGUUGCAUGGAAAGCUUGAUUCUAAGUAAUUGUGAUGCCAUAAGGAGCUUGCCUAUAUCAAUAGGCCAACUUAAUUGCUUGCAACAUCUAAACCUCAACCACUGCACUUCUUUGUUUCGACUUCCUGAAGAAUUGGGAAAUCUGGUCCAUUUAGUAGAGUUGCUGCUCAAUGAAUGCUACAACCUAUGUGAACUUCCACAGAGCAUUGGGAAACUUUCUUGUUUAAGGACUCUAGAAAUGGACGAAAACUAUAGCCUAUCUGUUCUUCCAGCUAGCUUUUCUGAACUUACAUCCUUAAAGCAUCUAAAAGAAGGUGGUUGUCCUCUACCCCAACAUAUUGGAGAGUUUCUAUCAUUAGAAACUCUCCAUCUUAAAUCAUACAAAAUGUCCUCUUUGCCACCAACUUUUGGCACACUUCUGCGGCUAAGCAAACUCUACUUACAUCACUGCACAGAGAUUUUGGAACUUCCACAUCUUCCAAAAAAACUCAUUGAAGUAUAUAUUCAAGACUGCUCAGGGCUAAGGAAAAUCUCAAACAUGUCAGGUAUGAUGAGGCUAAAGAUUCUGAGUAUACAGAACUGCAGGGAACUUGUUGAAUUGCCUGACUUUGGAUCCUUGCAAUCACUGCAAGAGCUCUCUCUAUCAGAAUGUAGGAGUGUUAAGCAUAUUCAAGGAGUGGAAGGGCUGAAAUCCUUAAGAAGGUUGCAUAUUAUUGGUUGCAGAUUGGCUAGAUCAAAAAAUUCAGUGUUGAAUCACCAACAAUUAAUCAAGGAGACCCAUUGUCUAGAGAUAUUCAGCUUUUCUGCAAAUAUUUUUCCAGAAUUCUUACAACACAAGAUCGAAUUGAAUGGGCAUAAUCUAUUCUAUAUUGCAUUCGAUAGUGAUGAACUAUGUUCAGGAAUUAUAUUAUGCUUUAUGGUGAGGUUCAAGCAAGGGAUUACUUCAGUGAGCAUAGAAUUAAGAACUUUAAGAGAUGGCAAGGAGAUUUUCAAUACCAGGCUUGUGAACCACUCAAAAAAUGCAGAGGGGGAUCAGAUUUUUAUUCACAUUUUGCGAAAAAAACACCCCAUGGCUAUGAUGAUGCAGAGUGGAGAUGUAGUACAUGCCAAGACAGAUACGUAUGAAGAAAGAAAGUUAAUAAGAAGUGGUGGAAUGCAGUUCUUCUCUGAAGGAAAAGAUGGGAAAAGGGAAGAUAUAAUUCUGGAGAGAUUUGGAAGGGGGUUGACUAAGCUGAUGGAAGGCUACAAGGAAAAUCUAACCAUUGAAGAUGAGUAAAACCAAAGUUUAACAAAAUUUUAAAUGAGUAUUGUUUUAAUCAUUGAGUCUCAACAUUAAUAGGAUGGUCACCUUCUUCAGAAGCAUCUAAAAAUAGCCCAGUGUCUAUUAUGUUUUGAGCUAUAAAAAGGGUCCAGCUACCUGGAUCCUACAUCACCUGUAAGUGAUGUCACAACACACUUUACAGUAAAGUAUGAUAAUUUCAAUAGUUUGCAUAUCUCAGGAAACAAGUACUGAGAAUUUAUGUCCAGCAGAGAUAUAUUUCAUGUAAUUGACAGAAAACUGUUUGCAACAAUUAUGCAAAUUAUACAUAAACUACAGAAAAGUCCCAUGUAAAAUAGUUUCUCUAUCCCAUUGACUCUUCAUGUAUGGGGAAUGAGCAAAAGUAUACUAUUCUAUUCUGUAUACCAGAAUGAUUACUCUGACCUUUAUCAGGUUACACUUCUAGAAGCUGCUACUUAUUUCCUAUCAAUACAAGAGUUGUGUAACA